UUUUGCUCCGAUUCAAUUUCAAUUUAGCGGCUAAACUAUAUCAGACGCAUUUGAUUGAACUAUUACUGUGUUUCUUAUCUCUUCGUCAUACACAUAUAAAAUUCUGAUUGGUGAACAUUUGUCGAGCGCGCGGCUUUCAUACUGUUUUGAACUUUCAGCGUAACGCGCGAUGUCGGAAGACUACAGCACGUUGACCAACGUGUCGCCGGUGUUGACCAAUGAGAGGCUCAGCGCGGCGCUCUCCGAUUGGUUCAAACGACCAUUCACGUUCACUCAUUGGGAGUACGUCAGUGAAACCGGCAAAGGCGACUCCUACCUCAGCGAGCUAAUCCGCAUCAGGAUACAUGGUACUGAUGAGGACAACGUCGCCAACCACGUGCAGGUUAUCCUCAAAACCAUCCCUAAGAGCAUCGCAAGGAGACUGACUUUCAGAAGCCACGAGUUCUUCAAAAACGAGAUCACGUUUUACGAGAAAAUCUUACCAGCUUUACUGGACUUCCAAUCCACGAAAAAUGUAAAAGACCCCUUCGACAAAUACACUAAAAUGUUCUUUGCCUUCUGCGAUGGGACCAACGACGUACUUUGCUUAGAGGACGUGAGCCUAUAUCAGUUUGGAACCGCAGUGAGGCAAGAAGGUAUUGAUUUACAGCAUUGCAAGUUGACUUUCAAAAUACUAGCGCAGUUCCACGCCCUCUCCUUCGCUCUGAAAGACCAGAAACCAGAAGUAUUUGGGAAGCUAAAGACUCAGCUUACAGAAGUCUAUUACCAUGACCGUUUAUGGGAUUGGUACUCGAGAUUUUGGAAGAGGAUUUCAGGCGUAGCUAUCGAUGCGGUAGAGAAAGAAUACCCUGACUCCAUUUAUGUGGAGAAGAUUAAGGAGUUUGCGGUACCAGAAAGGUACCAGAAUAUGAUAGAUGCUGCGACAAAGACUGAUGAAACUGCUGUUAUAUCCCAUGGGGAUUCGUGGACGAAUAACUUUCUUUAUAAGUAUGUGGAAGGAAGUCCAGUGGACGCGAAAAUUAUUGACUUCCAAUUAGCUCGGUGUGCUACUCCUGUUCUUGAUAUAUCUUUCGUUAUAUAUGCUUGUACGACCGAAGAUUUGAGGGAGAAACAUUAUGACGACUUGCUAAAGUAUUACUAUGAGAUUCUGUCUACUCAGAUAAGGGAUCUGGGUAGUGAUCCAGACAAGGUGUAUCCUUGGGAUCUCUUUAUAAGUGAGGUGAAAAAGUAUUCGUACUUUGGAUUGGCUUUCAGUUUUGAGUCGACGCCUUUUAUUAUCUUGGCGCCUGAAGAUGCUGUUAAUAUGGAGAUGAAGGGCGACAAACAAAUGAACAUAGAAGAUGUAUGGCAGGUGGAGCCGUUCAAAACCAAGGAGGGGCGACUCCGGGAGGCAAACAACGUGAAACACUGCGUCGAUAGGGGAUACAUAUAAAUAUAAGUGACUCGGGAUUAGGUGUAACAUUGACCCAUAGCCAUUUAAACAGCCGCACUUGUUACCUGAGGGCUUGGUACGAGUUUGUUUAACGAGAUCGAAACGAGACUCCGAUUGGCUAAUCGGCACCAACGAUCUAACCAAUCAGUACGCUUAGUAUAAGUUUGCUUUACGUUUAAAGUAAUCGAAACGAGAGCGCGUUCGGUGCUCUGAUUGGCCGGCUUGAACUCAUACUAAGGGAAUAGAAUGCUGAACGCAGUAACGUUUCGAUCUCGUUAAACUUAAAAAAAAAACUCGUAUCAACUGCC